UGUUUCAGGAUUUGUUCUCCACAGAACCAGACGGCACCAGGCUGAAGGUUCGGGGACACAUUUUAAACAGGUAGCCUCAGACAUGUUUUCCCUGUCAGAGCUGGCUCCUCUGAAUCAACACCAGAACACGUGCAAACUUCUGAAGCCCUGGUGGGAGGUCUUCAUGGACUACCUGGGGGUCCUAAUGCUCGUGACUUCAGUGCUGGCCUGUACCGAGCAGCUGUCCAGGGACAGGGUCGUGUGCAUUCCUUCAGACCCAACCGUCAGAGCAAACAGCAGUGACCAUGCUCCCCCGACCAGCAGAGAUGCGGCGCUGACCCCGUCUUCAGAAACCCCCCUGCACAAUCUGCCCAACAUGGAACCAAACCUUCACUCUGCAGCUCGGGGACGCCGCACACAUCUGGUGUACCAGCAGUACAUUUAUGUUAGCCAGGUGUGCUACCAUGAAGCUUUGCCUCUGAGUUCCCGCUUCUUCCCCUACAUGGCCUUGCUGCAGUCCUUGGUUCUGGUGGCCAGCGGCUCCUUCUGGCUCCACUUCCCGCCCACAUCUUCCCGCAUAGAGCAGUUCCUAGCCAUCUUGGCGAAAUGCUGUGAGUCUCCCUGGACAACUCAGGCCCUGUCUCAUGCUGCCCGACAGGAAAACCUCAGAGAGUUUAAGAGCAAAGUCCAGCAACUGCCCCAAUCUUCAGGUUCCUCCUCACCGCUUGUUACCUGUACACAAUGUUCAAACACAGAUUCAGGCACAGACAGCCCACUGCUGAAACAACCAGCAGCUCCUCCAUCUCCUUGCCCCUCUACUCUCUCCGGUAACUCCACCAUGACUUCUGUAUCUCUUGGCUCUGAAGUGAACGUUUGUUCUUCCAAGGCCUCGGCGAAGGUGAACAGAUCCAGGCAGAUAAUGAAUCUAGAUAAAAGUGAUGGGGAACAGGCCAGAGCGCUGUUUGAAAGGGUUCGAAAAUUCCGAUCUCAUUGUGAAAGCUCAGUUGUUAUUUAUAAGGUCUACCUAACGCAGACGAUUUUCAAACUGCUGAUGGCAACCCUGAUCCUGGGAUACACCAUCCCUCUUCUCRGCUCCCUCUCAUUUAACCACAUUUGUCACCUUGAGGAUCACACCCUAGUUGGCUAUGCAACCUUUGAAUGCAUCCACGUACUGUCAUCACUCAUGCGCAAACUGUUACUGGCCUACCUGACCCUCUUGGGGCUGCAUGGAAUCCUUAACUUCUACACCCUCAGUUGGGUUUUUCACAGCUGUCUCCGACAUUAUUCCUUCCACUCUCUAAAGAACCUGGGGUCCCUAAGAGACAUUCCCGACCUGACGAAUGACUUGGCCUUUCUUAUACACAUGCUGGACCAGUACGAUCCUUUGCUGGCCCAGCGGCUCUCUGUGUUUUUGUCCCCGGUGAGUGAAAACAAGUUGCUGGAGGAGAGCUUGGAGCGCCACUGGGGUGAGGAGAAACUGCGUGCCAUGACUAACGUGGAUGCAGAUGGCUGCUCAAGACUGCAGCUGGUGUCCCUGCCUCGCCUCCCUCCAGCUGUUUUUACACUCAGCCAGCUGCAGGUCCUCAAGCUGGAGUUCAUCGCUGAGGCCAGGUUCACUGCACAAAUGCGCAACAUGACUUCACUCAGGGAGCUCCACCUCUAUCACUGCUCUCCAUCUGUGGAUCCCAGAGCUCUUGCAGUGCUGCAAGAACGUCUCGAGGUCCUUCAGCUCACCUUUGCACAGCCGUCACAAAUCCCCAACUGGGUCUACUCCCUGGUCAGUUUGCGUGAGCUCCACCUUUCUGGUCGUUUAAGCAGUGAGGGCAGCGUGGGUCGCAACUGGGCCCUGGGGAGCCUCCGUCGACUGGCUAAUCUCCGUGUUCUGGUGAUUCGAGGCUUGUUACAGAGGAUUCCUGGGGAGCUGUGGGAGGUGGCGGGCAGUUUGUUGAGACUAGAGAUUUAUAACGAGGGCACAAGGUUGCUUGUGCUGACAGGCCUGAAGCGGAUGGUCAACCUGACAGAGCUGCAGCUGCAGGACUGCCAGCUGGAGCGUUUGCCUGCAGCCCUGCUCGCUCUGACCAGCCUAAGGACGCUCAACUUGCAGCAUAACAACUUGAGAACCCUAGAGGAGCUGCUCGGUCUGGCUCACCUGCGACGUCUUUCUUGCCUUAAACUCGCCUAUAACCGUGUUCUAACACUGCCAAACAGUGUCGGCGUCCUUCGAGGCCUGGAAGUUCUGGAUCUGUCCACCAACCAGCUGAAGAAUCUUCCACCGGGACUCUUUACUCUUCACCGUCUCCGUAGGCUCCUGCUGGCUGGUAACCUGCUUGCUGAGCUGCCCUCUGAGGUAAAGGCRUUGCAGUUGUUGACAGAACUGGACCUCAGUGGGAACAGGUUAGAGACCCUGCCCUCUGAUCUCUUCAGCUGUUUGGAGCUGCAGGUCCUAAAUGUGGCUCACAACUCUCUUGGGUCAUUGCCCGGUGGAAUCGCAGCUCUAAGUCGCCUCUGCAGAUUAGAUUUACGCAGCAAUAGUCUGGAUGAGCUGCCUGCUGAAUUGGGCUGCUGCUUGGGGCUGUGUGGAGGAGGUUUGCUGGUUGAAAACUGGUUGUUUCUUUCCUUACCUCCACAUGUCAGGGACUUCCUGAGCCAGUCUUCCUCCACCAGUGGUACUCACUCAGAGGAUCACUCCCGGCCAGAAUCGGACACUUUCCCAUUUUUCUCUCCAACACAGUGGCGCUUCUCUUCAGCCCUGGAGUCACAAAUUUAAGCAUCACAGUUUGAGCUUUUUAUAUGUUGGAGUCAGUUGUCCUCUUUUUAAGUCCAGACCUUGCUGCAUUGGACAAAUUAGGGAUCCCAAAGUCACUCCCGUAGUGAUUAACAUUUAUUCAUUAGACAAACAAAGUCUUUGUUUUUAUUAUUAUUAAUAUUGUUGUUAUUUAAAAUUGUGAUUUUUCUAUAUUGACUUUUGUG